CCAACUUCUGUUGACAACAGUGACAAACGUCAGAAAGGAUCGACAGCCGGUGUUUUUGGAUCCUGGGCAGUAAAAGAUUUUGAAAUUCUUAUAUUUUUAUAGUUUUAACAUUGUUUUCUAAAGUGUGAUUAGCAUGUCGUCAAAGGAAAUCAAAGCCGCCCUCAAGGACGCAAGGGAAGCAGUGAAGAACAAGAAAUUUUCGGAAGCCAUCAAGUUGUGCAACAAAAUCCUCAAGGAAGAUGCCGAAAACUACAUGGCCCUCCUGCUGAUGGGUGCCUGCUAUCAGGACACCGACAAAAGGGAAGCGGCUAGUUUCUUGAAGCGAGCCCUUGCUUGCAGUAGCGAUCCCACAGUGGCCCUGCAGGGACUGGCCAGCUGUGCCGACGAUGCCGACCUUCCGGAUGUGUGCGGCAGGCUGCUGGAAUUGACUCCAGACAAGUUUCCCGAUUUGCAUAAAAAGCUCGAAACCGUCGCACGCAGUGGUUCUCAGUUGGAUAAAGUAAUUAAGCUAUUUGAAAGCGAGAUCCAUAGCAGUCAAGAGGAACGAACAAAAUCCGCUUUCAUGUGUCUAUCUAAGCUUCUCCUCACGGAUCAAUCAUUGGAGUCAAAAUACGAAGCACUGGUGGAAAGGGUUCUUGAGUAUGAAACUAAUAACGACGACGAUCCGUUUCUGAGUGAAAAAUUCAAACGUUAUUUAAAGCUGCUGCAUCGCCUGAAAAUGUACGAAAAGCUAGUCGAAAAAGCCGCCCUUAUGAAUAGGAAAUUCCAAAACGAUAUUUAUCCUCUGGAAUGGAUAUGCAAAGCUUAUGCGGAAAAUUUAGUUACCGACACGCAAAUGCAGGCGCUUCUCAAUAAGCCCCUUAGUACGACUUUCGAAGAAGCGAUUCAGUUGAAUCCCUCAUCAGCGUUAGCUAUGGUCGCUAGAGGAAUACUCCAUUACCGUUCGGGGGAGCUGAAAGAGGCCGAAACUAUGCUGAAGAAAGUUGAUACGAUCCAACCGAAUUGGGAUAUUUGCCUUAAAGUGCUAGCAAGAAUCUACUGUCUCCAGAAAGCGUACGGAUUAGCCGAAAGCAUAUAUCGUCAGUUAAAGAUCGUGAAUGCUAACUAUUUUAUAGCGCUGAUUGAGAAUGGUGAUCCAGAAAAACUAAAAGAAGCCAGUUCCAUCAGUGCAAAGGUUUUUGAAGACCAAAACAGUUCGGAGCUGUCAUACUAUCAAUUAAAACUGAAAAUUCUGUUGAACACUGUCGAUAAUUUUGAAGAUGAAGUCGCAGCUUUGAAAUCGACUGGCUUAGCUAGUGCAAAACAUGAUUACCUAACGGCAUUACAUCUCACUAGGCAAAAUAGGAUAUUAGAAGCACAGACAAUUCUGCAAAACCAUGAAAACGACUGUGAUUGCCUUCUAGAGUUAGCAAGAAUAUAUUAUAUUAAUUUAGACAUCGAAAAAAGUUUUGUAAGCGCUCUGAAAGCUACUAAACUAGAGCCUGGAAACGCGAAUUGCUUCUACUGGCUAGGUAAACUGUACAUUCACAACUCGGAUACCGUCCGAGCCCGGAAAUGUUUGGAAAAGAGCGUUUCACUCAAUCCUAGCCAUAAGGAAGCAAUCAUCUUGCUCAGUUCACUAUACCGGACGCUGUCCGAAUGGGACGCCAAUCACCAGCUACUGCAGAGCACUGUCAGCCUCGUCAAUGGCAACGGCUCCUCGUGGGCGCAUCUUCAGCUCGGUUUGCAUCACCUAGGACGGCAAUCGUAUGACGAUUCGAUCGCAGCAUUUCGUACGGUGAUCCGAUACGAAGUGGACAAUAUUACCGCCUGGGAAGGACUGGCCGACGCCUACAUGGGCCGUGGAUCCUACACUUCGGCCAUGAAGGUGUUUGAGAAAACGGCCGAAUUGAAGCCCGAUAAUCCCUAUCCGAAGCUGCAGUUGGCAAAUAUCAAAAAUGUCCUCAAACAACAUCGAGAUGCGAUUCCUCUAUUCGUUGAGCUGCUCACUAGCAACGACAAAUAUUUUCCUGCACUCAAAGGAAUGGCGGAAGCUCAUGCUGGUCUCUGCUAUCAUUACCUAGGAAACAGGCUUUUAGGAAGAAGUCGCGAACACGCGCAGAAUUGUGUAGAUUACCUAACUCGAGCUAUAAAAAUCAAACCAAAUUUCGUAUGCCUGUGGAAGAUGCUAGGAAAUAUGCUGGAUACUGUCGCUGAAUUCCCCAAUCCAAGAUCGCAACUUUUAGUAGAAGGAAGUUUGGCUGGUGUCACGCAUCGUAGGCAAGCUUUGCUAGAGGGUGAAAAAAUCUAUGAACUGGCCAGUAGAAGCUAUAGCCGAGCAAUAAAACUCAACCAGGAAGACAGUUUGCUCUGGUAUGAGCUGGCCUUUAAUCAGUAUCGUCGGGCCUUACGGUUUAGUUUUUCCCAAGACGACAGCAGAAAACUUAUGCAAUCUGCUGUGGAAGCAGCCAAGCAGUCAAUCAAACUGGAACCCAGUCGGUGGGAGAAUUGGAACCUGUUGGGCGUGAUAUGUGCCUCAAAGGAAAUCAAUAAUCUUGCACUGGCUCAACAUUGCUUCAUCGAAGCCAUUUCUUUAGAUAAAAAAUCAGCCGCCCUAGGAUGGUCCAAUCUCGGGGUGAUGUAUCUACUUCAAGGUUCCACCAGUUUAGCGAAUAAAGCAUUCGGGAGGGCGCAACAAACUGAUACAACGUAUAUGAACGCCUGGAUUGGGCAAGCCUUGAUCGCAGAGCAGAUUGGACAGGCGGAUGAAGCAAUGGACUUGUUUAGACAUUGUACACAACUGGGCUACCAUCCUGAAUCAUCUUUGGGAUAUCCACAUUGGGUUUGUUCAGUGAUGAAUGAUGACGAUUACCGGAAAAAUAAGCACUAUAAAUUUGCCAUUGACAAUAUGCAUGCUUUGCCCGUGUCGCACGAUUCGAUCGUUAGACAUUGCGCUGAUAAGGAUGAUGAUGCUUCUGUAGAAGCUUUGUGCUUCUUAGGUAACAUCAGUAAUCGCCUUGGUUUGUGGAAAACUGCCUCGGAUGCUUUUCAAAAUGCGGUCAGGAAAGCAAGUGGCACCCAGAAGGAUCAAAUAUUGUGUGAUUUAGGAUUCUGUUUGCUGAAGCAGAAAAAAUACGUUGAAGCAAUCGAAUGUUACCAACAAGUGGGGGAAUCUACCUAUCUUGCUGUGAUCGGGAAGGCGCUUGCCUUCUUCAAAGCUGGACAGUUUCAAGAGUCUUACGCCGAAUACGAGAGUGCUUUGAAUUGGCUGGCUGGCACCGAUAUGGAGAAAGCUUACGUUUUGAUAGCCAUGUCGGCUAUGGUUUAUGCAUUCCAGGGCGAAGCAGAUGCCAAAACAAUUCUAUUCCAAUGCAUCACUCUACCUGCUCCGCCCAUAGAAGCUCUCUUCGCUGCCUGUGCCCUUGGAUUGCUACAUAACGACACUGUGCUUACAGAGCUAGUCAUUAAGGAAUUGCGAAAACACGAAAACGAUAUCAAACAUGGCCAUCAUGUGGUAUAUUUAGUUUCGCAGUUCUAUUUCAAUAAUAAGCAAAAGAGUAAAUCUUUGGCCUAUUUGGUGUCUCAAGUGCACAAAUUUCCGGAUCGACCCAAACUUCGUCAGAUUUUGGCCGUAUCACUGCUGAAAAAUCAUCGAACUCCGAAGAAAAAUCUGGUCGUGGCAAGUAACAUAGCGGAAAGCGCCCUGGUUCUUGAUUUGCAAGACAGACAGCGCAGCACAAUCGCCAGAGAUGCCGCCAAAUGGCUGGCGGUGGCUAGCGAAGCGGUACGGCCCGUAAACGAACAUCGGCGGAGAAUACUGGCCCAAAAGGCAAUUCACGUGGAUCCCACAUGCAAGGAAGCGUGGAGCUCGUUGAUUCGAAUUUUGAAUCCGAAAAAAUAAGCUAAAAUGGUGACAGAAGUACAGUUUAACGCAUGCGUUUUUUAUAGUUUUUGUAUUUCAAUAAAUAAUGAUUUUCAAUA